AUGAAUAUUAAAGAAAGAUUACGAAUCUGCAAAGGCAAAAAGAAAGACGUUGAUGUUAUUAUUCUAUAUCUUAACAAUUCAAUAACCAAAGGUUCAUUUGGUGGAUUAUUUGCCACUUUCACCAAUUUGACUGUAAGUUUUAAAAAUAUUUUCAAAAUUUAGAGGGAUAUUUCAGACUUUGCAUAUGGUCAACUGUGGACUUGUUUCAUUCGAAAAGUUUCCAAAAUUGCCACGUCUUCUUUAUCUCGAUGUUUCAAACAAUCAAUUCACAGAUUUCUGUCUGCACAUCAAUAUUCUUGUGAAAAACGCGAAGUCUUUAGAACGCUUGAUCAUUGAGGGCAACAACUUCUCAAAUAUCAACACAUUCUCUCCUUUGAAAAAAGCGACAAACUUGAUCGAAAUUGAUUUGUCGUUUUGUCAUGGUUUGGGAGAGUUGAAGGGCUAUAGGAAAUUUUUGUUUGAGACAAUUCCAACUUUGAAAAUCUUGAAUGGAUGUGAAUCUCAUAGUAAUUCUGAUGAAGAAGAUGAGGAUGGCGAUUUUUUUGGAAUCGAAGACGAACACUGUUAUUCAGAUACGAAUGAAGAUUCGAUUAGUGAUGAAAAAAAUGAAGACGAGGAACAUGUUGAAACAAAAAUGGACGAUGAAGACGAUGAUAUUCAAAUAAUUGCAUAUAUUGAAAGCUCCUAA